AUGAAAGCUCUGUUUGAGAAGGGUCGGAUCUACACAUAUAUUGGUGAGGUGGUAGUAUCGGUGAACCCAUACCGGGAGCUGCCCCUGUACGGACAAGAGAUGAUCGCUAAGUACCGAGGACGAGAGCUCUAUGAGAGACCCCCUCACCUCUAUGCAGUGGCUGAUGCUGCCCAUAAAGCCAUGAAGCGCAGAGCCAAGGACACCUGCAUUGUCAUUUCAGGGGAGAGUGGAGCAGGCAAGACAGAAGCCAGCAAGCACAUCAUGCAGUACAUUGCAGCCAUCACCAAUCCCAGUCAGAGGGCAGAAGUAGAAAGGGUCAAGGAUGUGUUGCUGAAAUCAACUUGUGUGCUAGAGGCCUUUGGCAAUGCCCGAACCAACCGCAACCACAACUCCAGCCGAUUCGGCAAGUACAUGGACAUCAACUUUGACUUCAAGGGAGACCCAACGGGAGGCCACAUCCACAGCUACCUCCUGGAGAAGUCUAGAGUCCUUAAGCAACAUUCUGGGGAGAGAAAUUUCCACUCCUUCUACCAGCUGCUGAGGGGAGCCAACGAUGGGCAGCUCCAGGACCUGAACUUGCAGAGAGACCCAGCUUUGUACACCUUUACCCAGCAAGGGGCAGGGCUUAGCUCUUCAGACAGUGAUGAGGCCAACUAUCGGGCUGUAAUCCAGGCCAUGAAGGUUAUUGGCUUUAGCCCCGAUGAGAUGGACUGUGUACAUCGGAUCCUUGCAGCCAUUUUGCACUUGGGCAAUAUCCAGUUUGUGGAGACUGAGUCAGGAUUGGAGGUGGCAGAGGAGAGGCUGGUGGACCACGUGGCAAAACUGACAGCCACACCCCGGGAUCUGGUGAUGCGUUCCCUACUGUCUCGAACUGUGGCAUCUGGAGGUCGAGAGCUCAUCGAGAAGGACCACAGUGCCCCCGAAGCCAGAUAUGCUCGUGAUGCCUGUGCCAAGGCAAUAUACGAACGACUAUUUGGCUGGAUUGUGGGGCGCAUCAAUGAAGUGAUGGAAGCACGAGGCAGGGAUCCCCGGCGAGAUGGCAAGGACACAGUCAUUGGAGUGUUAGACAUCUAUGGCUUUGAGAUCUUCCCUGACAACAGCUUUGAGCAGUUCUGCAUCAACUAUUGCAAUGAGAAACUGCAGCAGCUGUUCAUCCAGCUUAUCCUGAAGCAGGAGCAGGAGGAAUAUCAGCGGGAGGGCAUCACCUGGCAGAAUAUCGAAUACUUCAAUAAUUCAGCCAUUGUGGAGUUGGUGGAGCGGCCCCAUCGGGGCGUGCUAGCCAUACUGGAUGAGGCCUGUGCCAGUGUGGGCACCGUGACAGACCGCCUCUUCCUUCAGAGCCUGGACACUCACCACCGACACCACCCUCACUACACCAGUCGCCAGCUGUGUCCCACAGACAAGACUAUGGAGUUUGGGAGAGAUUUCCGCAUUAAGCAUUAUGCUGGGGAUGUCACGUAA